ACGUUACGCAAAAGGAGUCACCAUAAAUCAAAUCGAUUCAAACCUGCGAUAGUUGGUGAAAAAUAAAUUUGGGAACUAUCCAACAUCCAAUCAAUACUUGCUUUUACUAAUUAUUACGUGUGUAUGACGUAAUUUUGUUCCAAAGCAAAAAUCCGAACUUGAACUUGAAUCAAUUGCAGCUGAACAAUAAAAAUGUCCCAUGUUCACGAUGAAUUAUUUUCAAUGGUUCAAAAUCUGUAUAUGGAAAAAAAAUGGAAGGACAUAUUGAAAUUAAAUGAGCAUUCCAAUUUACCUGACGCGAAUAGAAUUCUUUGGGUAUGGCCAAACGAAGAUGAUAUAAGAUUCAUUCAUGAAUCUAUUUUAAAGAACGGUUUGAAAGGAAUAAGUUCUAUAGGAUGCGGCAAUGGAUUGCUAGAAUGGAUUUUAGAACAGGCAACAGGCCUACAAGUGGAAGGUUUUGAAAUAAAUGAAGAAUGGUGGAGAAGCCGUUAUGCCUAUCCUUGUUUCAUAAAUCUGAAAUUUCCAGAAUUUCCUUUGAGAAAAAUUUUCAAUAAAGAUCACGCAUUGUUAUUCUGCUACUUCAAUAAUGGUUCAGCCUUCCAGGAAUAUGUGAAAAGUUAUACAGGAAAUGCUGUUAUUAUCAUUGGACCUGCCUAUGGAAAUGGAAGACACACCGAUCCCCAACCUUUCAAUGUUCAUUUUCCUUCUUCAAAUUGGAAACUACAGUGUAACAAGGAAGUUAAACAAACUAAGGAUUUUAUUGCUUUUUAUAUAAGAUGCUAACAGUUUUCCUGAGAUAAUAUAGAGACUCUGAGAUAAAUUGCUUUAUAAUAUUUGAUAAUUUUUGAAAUGGAAAAUAUCCAGUAUAGAGUGAGAUAACCCAAUACUUCUAGGAGUUUGAUUUGUUUGAGACAUAGGUGAGACAAGCUUUUUAUUCAUAAGUUUUGGUUCUUUGAUGAAUAAUGAAAAUGUCUGAUAAUAUACAUACAUGUAAUUGCACAAUAAAAUGAUUUUUUCCAUAAAAA